UCAGUGUAGGUAGCGCACAGGUGGGACUGGCGCGCAGCGAAGCAGAACGCAGACGACGGGGGUGACAUAUAAAGUGACAACCAGUCAAACCACGGCAGUUUGAGAUCUUGUCGCGACAGAUUUGAACUUUCUUCCAAUUUUUUCUUCUAUUUCACCAAGUGCUGAUUUCCAUUCACCACGGCAUUAGACAAAUGAGAUUCGAUUCGUGUGAGUUUUGUUGUGUUAGGGUUAGGACAUCGGUAGAUGCCCACGACGCGUGGUCAGUCGAUGGUCAGCUUAGUCAAGAGAAUAAACCUCGAGUAACUUGAACAGUAACACACUCAUCAAACCAUUUGUAUAAGGGUCAAGUGUUUUCAAGCCAAUAUCAAGCAAAAGCGUAAAACAUCUUUGGACUAGUUUAUCUCAAAGAAAUCCUCGCCAGCACUACCAACCAUGCCUUUUAGUUUUUUCCGCAAGAACAAAAAAAUGCUCAAGGAUAAGAGCAAGAGCACCAUGGAUCUGCCCCACAACUUCUCCCAGCCGCCCGACGUCGUCGUGGCCAAGAGAGAGGACAACGUCGGCAGUCUGUCGGACCUCCGACAGGAGAAGCCGGUCACCCAGCCCGACCUGGUGACCAUCAUGACCAAAAUCCACAAAAACAAAAGCAAAAGCCUACAGCGGCUGGACAAAUCUCAGAAAAGUAAAAGCUUGUGGAGUCUCUUCGACAGCAAGGACAAGAACAAUAACUCUAAGAGCAAUGAACACAGUCUUUCAUUCAAAGAGAAGGUUCGGAUGUCUGCGCCAUUCAGAAAGAAUAGCUCAAGCAGUAGCAAAUCUGACAGCUCGUCCAGUAAUAAAAAAAGCAAUAAAAGUGACGACGAGCCGAUGGUCAACAACAACGUGACGCCACCCAGACACAGAUCCUCCAGGAAACGUCCCCUGGGGUCCAGCAAUGAGAACCUGACCCCCGGGAUGGACAAGAGACAGUCGUACAUCAAUCAGCUUGAUGCCUACAUAGAAUACCUGAAGAGGGAGGACAACAACACGCCCAACAUCUACAACCGUCUGUGCUGUGCCCAGUUCCUGAGGACCUGCCUGCUCAGACAGCAGAUUCUCAUCAACAGAUCUAACGAACGCUUGGACAACGCCCAGCACAGCCCACAAAGUGCCUCCCCCCAGCUUGUACGCAGCUUUUCAAUACGCAGCAGCAGCAGAAGGCUGGGAGCACCAGCUGGCAAUACAGCACCUAGGGGAGAAAUCUGUGACAAUGGCGUCCUCACCCACGUGGACAGUGACGAGGCGUUCGUUGGGAGGGCCUUGUCUUCGUCUACAUUUAGUUUGUGUACCAACUCUUCUGAUAAAGAUUUGGAGCUCAACUCAGACUCGCCUCAAGAUUCAGACGACAACACGUCAUGUGGCCAGAGCCAGUCUAAAUCUUCCAACCAAAGGUUCACCAUGUCAGUUUUUCCUCAAGAUAUAGAGAUUUAUUAACUGUUUAAAAUUAUCCUGACACAUGUGCCACGUUUUUCAAGAAAGUGUUUUUAAAGAAUCUUAAAUUCAUCAUUUUGCUCAUGUUUUUUGUGUCAUUUAGUGCAAUUUAAAGCAAAAGAAAUGUUCAUUUUGUAAUUUUGUUAUUACUUCAUAAUAAGUGACUGGUAUAUCACACUGAGUAUUAUAGUAAAUAAAUUUUUAAACCCUCUGUACAAUACUUCCUAGAAUGUUAGGUCUAUUUUCUGCCAUAAUCAAAUGUAGAGAAAUCCUUCUUCAUCUAAUAUGCAUCAUCUUGCUCUAUACAUGCUCCAGUUGUAAUUUAUCUCGUGUAAAGAAUCCAAUUUUUUAUGUAACCUAUUCAUUACCAUAGCCGUGACGUCACCGUUUGGCCGUCAUUGAGUGGUGAGAUAACAUGUUAUGUACUCAUUCUAUUUAAAGCGGGUUUUUAUUUAUUUCAAUGUAUAUGUGUUAGUAUCCAAGAUAAUAACCGUUGACUAAAUGCUAUGUGCUUUAAUGUCGCGUGUUAUUCAACAUUGUAUGAGCCAUUGAAUAUUUUAGUAUUUAAUCUAAUUGUAAUGUCUGAUCCAUCCAGUUGUUACUAUGGCAACCUUGUCUUUCAUGUAUAUUCAGGUGUGUAAUCUGGAGGAAGUGCUACUGUCAUAUACUAGAUUAUUGUAUGGUUUUGUAUGAGAAAAGCCCUAGAAAGUAGUAAGAAUGUAUCUUAUGUAAGACCUAUCUAUUGAAAUCCGUAGAAUGGCUAGUGUAUAUCACCAAGGAUCCCAUGUGUUCAAGUCGGUCGUCUCCUUGUAGGUUAGACACGAGAUUAGCGUGAGUUUCAUGAGAUUAACGUGAUUAGUAGGAUCACGUGCAUGAUAUUAGUGUGAUAUUUGUCAGUGUGAUAUUCGUGUCCGUGUUAUUUUUUAAGUUACUUUGAAUAAAAUGUUACCAUGUUACAAUGA